AUGUGGGAAAUCAUCGCCGGCACCGCAGCAGGCGUCCUCGGCGUGCUCAUCAUGUGGGUUGGCAGCGGAUAUCUGGACCUGAACCUGGACUUGCAUCCAUACGAGCGACGCCUGCACGGAGAGAGAGUAGCAGCAGUCGCAGAAGGAGAAGGCGAUGUUGCUGCUACUCUUGCGGACGAGGACAAGGAUAGUAGGAUUGGGACGGGUGAGAUGAAGGUGUCGUAUGCGGUGAAAGAUAAUGUAUCCGAGACCACAGUCGAGAAAGUCGACAGGGACAAGGACAUAACCCUUGUCCAGCACGAUGUGGGCUCUCGCUCUCGCUCUCGAUCUCGCUCUCGCCAGAUUUCUGGUGAUGGUGCUGGUGCUGGUACUGCUGGCGGUGGUGCUGGUGGAGGAGGAGGAGGAUUCUUUGGCAAGAAGAGGGAAUUUAUUAAUAUGUCGGUUAUACCAUGA